CUGGUUUCAGCGGUUCAGUUCUCUCAGUCUGAGCUGCAACGCGGGAAAUCGGCAAACAAUUAAGCGGCAAACGCGAACGCGGCUUAUUAAAAUAUCGGUUAAUUAGUGAAUUAACGCGCCGUUUCCUGGUAGAUUUGAAUAGUUGUUUAUUACAAAUAAUUCGGCGGUAAGGUUCGUUAAGACACAACAACAAAAUGCCACUCUCUAAGCUAGACCCCUCGGAAAAAUACUUUCCGGAAUACGAGAAGGUCAUCGAAGAAGCCGACGAGACCAAGAGUUGCACGUGCGACGGCAGCGAAAAGGACACCAUUCCGGCGAUAGACGACGAGCUGGAUCCCCUCACCGAGGACAUCCCCAGCCAGACGGAUAUCGUAAUACCGCCGGACGGCGGCUGGGGGUGGGUGGUGGUCCUCUCCUCGUUCAUGUGCAAUUUGAUAGUGGACGGGACGAUAUUCUCCUUCGGGACGUUCCUGGAACCCAUCGCCGAGGAGUUCGGGGUGGACAAGCCCGACGUGACUAUAGUCGGGUCGCUGAUGUCUGGGUUUUACUUGAUAGCUGGGCCGUUUGUCAGUGCCAUUGCCAAUAGGUACGGGUUCAGGCUGGUGACGAUUUUCGGGGCCGUUUUCAGCGCUGCUGCAUUUGCUAUAUCUAAUUUCGCCACCAGUGUUCCUUUCCUUUGCGUUACUUAUGGGAUUUUAGGGGGCAUCGGCUUCGGCUUCAUCUACGCACCAUCCAUCAUAAUUCUGGGCUUUUACUUCGAAAGAUGGAGAGGCCUCGCCACGGGCAUAGCCGUCUGCGGAUCCGGAAUCGGGACCUUCAUUUACGCCCCAGUUACUAAAAUUCUAAUAGAGAAUCUGGGUUGGAGGCACGCUCUCUUAUGCCACGCAGCUCUGGCUCUAAGUUGCGUUAUAUACGGAGCUUCAUACAGGCCUUUAAAACCGAUCAAAGUGGACAAUUCCGACGAAAUAACGGACGAACCGGAAUACAAAAUACCACUCGCAGCUCAAAUAAAGAUGGAAGCGGCCAUAAAAAUGCUGAAAAAACGAGACAGCGUGAGUUCCGUCGACCACCAAUCGUCCAUUCCGAGAUUGCUGGGUGUGAACAACAAUUCGGUGUAUCCGAGAGUGUCCGACGUGUACCACACGAUCUGCGUGCCGAGCGGGAACAUCACCUCCAGGGCCUCGGUGGAGAACAAGAUGUCUUGGACGAGAGAGAGGAGCAAGACUGAGGGCAAGCUGCAAUUGACGCAAUUCAAUAAAUUCAAGCGGACGCGGUUCGAAAAGAGCCACGAAGUCAUCCGGCCCUUGUACAGGGACGACAUAUUCUUCACCGGCAGCCUGGCGCGCUUGCCCUUAUACGCCUCGAAGACCACCGUGGAGUACAAUCUGGCCGUCACUCGCUUGCCCACGAAGAACGAUAUAGAAGAGGAGGAAACCAAGACGUGCAAACUUUGCCCGGAGGCCUUCAGGCGAGCCUUGGCCACCAUGCUGGACGUCAGCCUCUUCAAAUCGCCCACUUUCAUCGUAUUAGCCAUCGGCGGUUUCUUCACGAUGAUGGGCUUCUUCGUGCCGUACCUGUUCCUGCUGGAUAGGGCCAAUGAGGCGCAUUUCGGGAGCUCCGCCGUCUGGCUGGUCUCCACCAUCGGCAUCACGAACACUAUAGGAAGGGUUGGAUACGGUUUAAUAUGCUCCAUACCCAAAACUAAUGCUCUCGUCAUCAUCAACAUCGCUCUAACCGUUGGAGGAAUAGCCACCAUGUUGAGCGGGCUUUCCAUGUCGAUGGAGUACCAGUUCUCCUACAGCGUUAUUUUCGGACUAUCAGUCUCAAGCUUCGCAUCGAUUAGAUCGAUAGCGGUGGUGGAUCUCCUGGGCUUGGAGAAGCUGACGAACGCCUUCGGGCUGCUGCUGAUGUUCCAGGGCAUCGCGGCCAUAAUUGGAGCGCCGCUGGCCGGGGCAUUCCAGACGCUCACGGGCAGCUACAACGCGUGCUUCUACCUGUCGGGCGGGGUGUUGCUGUUCUCGGCCAUUCUGUGCUACCCGUUGAACUGGAUCAACGCCUGGGAGAAGCGGAAGCUGCAGGAGAAGGGCGGAUCGAGCGGUCCGGCUUGAUCGCGUCGAUUUGGGGGCGGAAUUGUUCUGCUGUUCGACGGGCCGAUCUCGAAUAAACAGUGCGAAUCGUAGGCGCGGUACUUGAAAAUUUUGGUAGGCACCUACUCACUCGGAGGAUGGAUAGGAUUUUUUUUAAUUUUUUUUAGGAAGAAUAAAUGAUAUGUAGACGGAAUUUGCGACGAGUUGCAUUUAGUUAGUGUUCAAUCGAGAAUAUAUCAUUUUUUUAUAUCAUAUUGACCAUUGAGGAGUACUUACCUCGAAUGAUUGUUAAAUUGACAUUAUUCCGUUAGCAUAAUUCUAGUACAUAACAAUAUUUUAUUAAAACUUGUAAUAGAGCAUAAAUAUUAUUUCCAUGUUAUAAUGAUUUAAAUUAGGUAACUUACUGCCAAGUACUUUUAUAUUCAUUCAAUAAGUGCCUGAUCAGACAGACUCAGACUGUGCCAAUAAGCUUUAAUAGAUACUAUUUACAAAUUGGAUGAUUUAAUUGAAUGUAGGUUUCUGCUAGAGAGUAGUUUAGAAGUUCGAAUUAUGUGGAAAUCACAUUUCAUUUCGUAAUAAUUAUUUAGUUGUGGAAGAAACCUACAUAUUAUAUUUCGGCUACUUCAGCAGAAAUGUUUUAUAAACAAGACGUGGAAAAUGUACUAUAUUUAUUAACAUUUUAUUUACAAUCAAAUGUUAAAUAUAUUUGUGACAGUGGAUGAAGUAUUAUUUUGUUUUUUAUCGAUUUAACUUAUUAAAAUUAUUUAGAAAUA